AUGUACGCAACCAAUGCGACCACCAAGCUUGUCAAUGCCUCUCUGGUGUCGACUGCACACGCCGCGCCUGUUUCCCCCACGACGACUAUAUGCGAGGGAUGGGUGGAGAAGAAGCGCAGGAAACGAAUGCAAGGAUUUGCGCGCCGCUACUUCACUUUGACAAGCACCGGCGUCCUUUCAUACUCGUUCGAGCCCGGCCAGCCCCAGCGCGACCAGAUCCUGCUCAGCCAGGCCGCUGUCGCCACUGCACCGGGGCGCAGAGACAUCCACAUCGACUCGCACACCGGGACGUUCCAUAUCCGAUGCCUGAGCAGAGAGGACUUCGAGAUGUGGAUGGGGGCUUUCCGCAAAAUCCUUGCGAUCGAAAUACCCAAGUCCCGUAGAUCCUCCCUCGCACGCUCGGCCGCGCGCGGAGGCAUCCAGUUCAACAGGGCGAACGCGCUCGUAGACGAGAUCGGCAAUACCAUCGCGGAUAUUGAAGACGCGCUCACUAUACUGUUGUCAGAAGACGACCACCUGAAGAGAAGACGGAGCACGGGUAUGCGUUCACGGUCUGAGAAUGGGAAGGAACAUGGGAUGUUGGGGUUCCUGAAGAAGGGACACCACCACGAACUUCAGGCGCAACUGAGCGUGCAGGAGCAUCCGCCGUCGACGGAGGUCCUCAGUCGCAUAUCCACUGCAGUCAAGCAGCUCAAGAACCAGCAUUCCGCCCUAAGCAAAUCGCUACAAACACAUCCUGCGCUUGACACCACUUUUGUGAGCUCCCCCACUCUCGCCACUACCACAGAAGAAGACGAAGAAGGGCCGCACACGCCAUCAACGGCCACACCAGCGGCAGGGCGUAUGUCCUUCAUCAGUUCUCACAGCGGAGACAACGGGAGUAUCUGGUUUGAUGCUCCCGAGUACGACGGGCCGGAGGAAUUCGUGUUGGAUAUGACCACGGCCGACGAAGGCAAGUCGCUCCAUACGGAUUCCCGACUGACUGCCCGCACGGACAUGACGGAUAUGACGGAUGUCGGGUCAAGCAUCGGUGCGGACACCGACUCCGAAUCCGAAUCCGACUCUCCGCCUCCCCCGCCUCCGGUAGAACCCACCGCGGCGGCAGUUGUGAAGCGCAGGUCGGCCUUGCCAUCAGGGCCAGUCGGAGACGAGGGCAGCCUGUUCGCGGUUCUGAAGAAGAAUGUCGGGAAGGAUCUCUCGAAAGUGGCACUGCCUGUUACUUUCAACGAACCUUUAACGAUGCUCCAGAAGGCUGCGGAGGACCUGGAGUAUUUCCACUUGCUCUCGCAAGCGGCGAAUGCCUCCGAUCCCGUUGAGCGCAUGUGCUUUAUUGCGGCAUUUGCAGUGUCAACCUACGCAAACACAAGGCAUAAGACAGGAAGGAAGGGCUUCAAUCCGAUGCUCGCUGAGACCUUCGAAGACGUGCGCAUGCACUUCCUCGCGGAGAAAGUCUGCCACAACCCCGUCAUUCUUGCCUGGCACGCACAAGGCGAAGAUUGGGAGCUUUAUGCUACGUCUACAGGGAAGACAAAGUUCUGGGGGAAAAGUAUGGAGAUUAUACCUCAAGGGACCAUUCACCUCAACCUCGGGAAUGAGCACUAUGAGUGGAACCGACCUUCGUCAUUCAUUCGCAACCUAAUGAUGGGUACCAAGUACCUUGAGCACGUUGGCAAGCUAGAAAUCAAGAACACGACGAGCGGUGACUCGUGCACACUCGACUUCAAAGAAGGCGGAUACUGGGGCCCCGCAAACGUCGUCACGGGAACACUCAGCUCCGCCUCGGGGAGCAUCGUCGCGUCUCUUGAGGGCAAGUGGGACGAGCAGAUGGCACGCAAGAUCGACUCGUCGCAUUUGCAUGUCCUGUGGCGGAUCACACCAUUCCCCAAGAAUGCGAACGAAUACUAUGGCUUUACCUCGUUCGGGAUCACCCUCAACGAAAUUACGCCCGACCUCGAGGGUCGCAUUGCCCCAACCGACUCACGGUACCGCCCGGACGUGCGCGCGCUCGAAAAUGGCGACCUCAAUGUGGCUGAGGCGGAAAAGGUGCGUGUCGAAGAGCUCCAGCGCUCGCGGCGCGCGAAGGGCGAGGAGCGCGGUCCACGUUGGUUCAAACAGGUCAACGAGGAGUGGAUCUACGUGGGCGGGUACUGGGAACAGAGGCAGAAGGGAUGGUCGGAGGUUGAGCCGCUCUGGUGA